AUGCCGACCGCUGACGAUGGUGGGGCCGCCGCCGCGACGGAUGGAGCUGAGCGCCCAGCCACGAGAAAGACGACGCCACCACUGACUACGGCAACAACUAUUUCAGCUGCGUCUCCGCGAGUAUUAUACUUUGUUGACGAGUCCACGACGGCCAUUGCGUACGCCGAGGGGCAUGUGAUGCGUCCCUCUCGCGUUCGCGUGCUGCACUCCCUUGUUCGGUCGCUCGGGCUGGACGCGCACAUGACGAUAUGUCAGCCCCACCCGGCGACCCCGCAGGAUUUGCGAGGGUUUCAUUGCUCCGCCUAUGUUGAGUGCCUGCAGAAAGCACCCGUUAUUUGCGGCAACCCGCUGGAUGCGGUCUCGCUGUCGUACCAAAAGGCGUUUGCGGUGCCGGUCUACUCGCGUGACGGGGACUGUCCGCUGUUUCCCGAGGUGUGGAAGAUGGUGGCAAGUCAGGCCGGUGCCUCGAUUGCGUGCGGGGAGGCGCUCUGCCGCGGUGAGGCGGACGUGGCCAUCAACUGGGCUGGCGGCAUGCACCACGCUGCGGCCUCCCGCGCAAGUGGGUUUUGUUUUGUGAACGACAUUGUCCUCUGCAUCCACCGGCUGCUUCGUCGCUUUCAGCGGGUGCUCUACCUGGACCUCGACGUCCACCACGGGGACGGCGUGGAGGCGGCCUUCUACGGCAACGCACGGGUCAUGACGGUUUCGCUGCAUCAGUUUGGCAACGGCUUCUUCCCCGGCACCGGCAACUACGGCGGCCCCGAGACGGCGGGGAGCUUUGCGGUCAACGUCCCCCUCACCGCACGCACGGGCGACGCCACUUACUGCCUGUUCUUCCGCACCGUCUUAACUGCCGUCGUGCGCUGCUUUGACCCUGAGGCGGCCGUCCUCCAGUGCGGGGCAGACGCCAUCGUCGGCGACCUCAUCGGCCGACUCAACGUCACAACCGCCGCCCACGCCCAGUGCCUGGCGGAGGUGCUGCGGCUCCGGCUGCCCACGGUGCUGCUCGGGGGCGGCGGGUACCACGUCUUCAACACGGCACGCUGCUGGGCGAUUGAUACGGCCACGGCGCUUGGGCGGCUGCUGCCGUGCUACGUCCCCCGCCACGACCCCUACUACGAAGAGUACCGUCGGGAGUGUGCACCCCACCGACCGAGGAUGCACGUCUGCCUGGAUCCGGAGGUUGACCGGCCGCUCACGCUGCACAGCGCAUGGGGGGAGUGGCGCAAGCUGUGCCAGAGCCUCCAGGCACAGAUGCGGUACGCUCGUCUUGUGCGAGAGUCUUUCCUCCGCGCCGUCGCCGAAUCGACGGCUAAGAGGUGUAGGGAGACCGUUGAUAUUUCUGCUGGUGAGGAACGCGAUGAAGCGUGA